CCUGUCCUCCACCACCCCCUUCCCCACGCCCACCUCCCCACGCCCACCUAUCUCCUGUGUGUACUUGUAGUUUCCCAGUCUACAGUCCUACAGUGUUUGUUGGCUAACAACCUAGUAGCCCCCAUGCUUCUGUUGACUUGAUGUUACGCCAAGUCUUCUUGAGAAUCUGCUCUCUAUCCAUCCAGUCAACUAUUCAAAGCAUUUUGGGUCAUGGCAUUUUUCUAUACUCCUGAAGUCACACUUGAGCUCAUCUUCUGUGGGUUUUUCAGUAUUAAAGCUCUAUAAGAUUGAGAAAAUUUUGCCCCCUCCUUUGAGCUAUUCAUGAAGCAAAACUGCUUUCUGGGUACCGCAGCAAAACUCUGUUUAGACUGUCUUUGAGUUCCACGCGUCAUUCUGUAUUGAGUAAAAUUCCUAAAGAAAGAGAAUAAUUAUCAAGUAUACAACUAUUUGUACAAAGCUAUGGGGGAAGAUGAUAUUUAUGCCAAAGAUGGUACUGUAGAUUACUGCAACAAUCCGGCCAAGAAGAAUGAAACUGGAACCUGGAAGGCCUGUCCUUUUAUCCUUGGAAAUGAAUGCUGUGAAAGAUUGGCAUACUACGGGAUGAGUUCCAAUCUGGUGCUUUAUUUCAAGCAUCAACUCAACCAACACAGUGCCACGGCAUCUAAUAAUGUCUCAAAUUGGUCUGGAACAUGCUAUAUCACACCAUUGAUUGGAGCUUUUCUGGCUGAUGCCUAUCUUGGAAGAUAUUGGACAAUUGCCUGCUUCUCAAUCAUAUAUGUCAUAGUAAGUUUAUUGGUUGAAUUGCAUAUACUUUAGAAUCUAGUCAAGGAACUUAUCCAUGGGUGGGAUACAUGAUUGUAAGGCACAGGAAAGCACAUCAUAUAUGCAUGUUUUCACUCAAUAUACAAUAAGCACAUAAAUUUACUUUUAAGCACAUAUCACACAGAGGAACACACAAAUACCUAUCACAAAUAGGCACAUUUCUUGAAUUCUGGCAUUACCUUGCUCUAAAUAAAUGUUCAAUUAAUCAGGCUCAUUGUAGAUGGAUUUUGAAUAUAUUGAGGUGUUUUUUACAUCCUCCUACAGGCAAAAUACACAGAAAGAUUUGAUUAAAAUUUAGAUAUAUACCCAAAGCAUGAAUUUUAGAUUUCUGUCUGAUCUAUCAAUCUGUCUAAUCAUGUUCAUGAUUCAAACAAUGUCACACUAGUAACACCUGCAAAAGAUACAAAGCGGCCUUCGACCGUAAAAUGCCUCGUUUGAUUGUGAGAGCUAGACCCACAGGAUAAGCAUGCAAGAAUUGGGACCUAAGCCUUCUUUUUAUAGAGUUACCUUACUUGAGCCUUAAUCCAAAAUGGAGUCUGCCUUAAUGUGUGCUAAAGCGCACCUUAUUCCGUAGCCAGCGAUCACUAGGUGUUUUUCGGGAUUGUCUGGUAUGCAAAUGCUGAUGAGGAAUCAUCUAAUCUGAUUUUUCACAAGCCACAGACAAAGUUGACUACACAGGUCCAAAUUAUGUAAGAUACUUAACAUCAGUAUUUAUCUACCUUAUGCUUAUGCUGAAUGCUGUAAGUUCUGUUUAUAUAAGUCAAGCAUCAUGCUGAUGCAGGGGAUGACACUGUUGACGCUGUCAGCAUCAAUCCCGGGCCUAAAGCCGACCUGCUAUGAAAAGGAUAAGUGCAACCCAACACAAACUCAAAGUGCAGUUUGCUUUCUUGCACUUUACCUGAUAGCAUUGGGGACCGGAGGGAUUAAGCCUUGUGUGUCAUCCUAUGGAGCAGACCAGUUUGAUGAUGCUGAUGAGGUUGAGAAAAAGCACAAGAGUUCUUUCUUCAAUUGGUUCUAUUUUUCAAUCAAUGUUGGUGCUCUAAUUGCUGCUUCCGUGCUUGUUUGGAUACAAGAUAAUGUGGGUUGGGGAUGGGGAUUUGGUAUUCCAGCUGUGGCCAUGGCAAUUGCAGUGGUUAGUUUCUUUUCAGGUACUCGGCUGUAUCGCUACCAGAAACCUGGAGGCAGCCCUCUGACGCGCAUCUGUCAAGUAAUGGUGGCCUCCUUCAGGAAAUAUAAAGUUGAAGUGCCUACUGACAAGUCUCUUUUGUACGAGACUCCUGAUGCAGAGUCUGCAAUUCAAGGAAGCCGUAAGCUUGAUCAUACCAAAGAACUAAGUUUCUUUGACAAGGCGGCUGUAGACACACAAUCAGACCAUAUGAAGGACUCAGUAGACCCAUGGAGACUUUGCACAGUGACCCAAGUCGAAGAACUGAAAGCCAUCAUACGACUGCUUCCUAUUUGGGCCACAGGCAUCGUCUUUUCUACUGUGUAUGGUCAAAUGGGCACCCUAUUCGUGUUGCAAGGCGCCACCAUGAAUCCGCAUGUAGGAAACUCCAGCUUUAAGAUCCCUCCAGCAUCACUUGGCAUUUUUGACACCCUAAGUGUCAUAUUCUGGGUUCCAGUUUAUGAUCAACUCAUCGUCCCAGCUGCCCGAAAACUCACAGGUCACAAAAAUGGUCUCACUCAACUCCAGAGAAUGGGCAUUGGCCUUGUCAUAUCCAUCCUUGCCAUGGUUUCUGCAGCAUUUUUGGAACUUGUUAGACUUAAAUUCGUGAGGAGGCACAACUACUAUGACCUCAAGGAGAUACCCAUGUCGAUUUUUUGGCAGGUUCCUCAGUAUUUCAUCAUAGGGUGUGCAGAGGUUUUCACAUUCGUUGGACAAUUGGAGUUCUUCUACGAGCAAGCGCCUGAUGCAAUGAGAAGUUUGUGCUCUGCUCUCUCUCUCACCACAGUUGCACUCGGGCAGUACUUGAGCUCCCUACUGGUGACAAUAGUUACAAAAAUUAGCACCAGGGAUGGAAAGCUUGGGUGGAUUCCAGACAAUUUGAACUAUGGCCACGUCCAUUACUUCUUCUGGCUUUUGGCUGUGCUGAGUGUGCUCAACUUCGGAGUUUAUCUUUUGGUGGCAAAGUGGUACACAUACAAAAGGCCUGUGGGUACUCUUCGCUGACGGCUAUAGGGAAUGUCAAUAUAUAAAUGGUUUUCGUGGAUGUUUACAAUCUUGGUUUAAGGUGUAUAAACAUUGCAGUUGGCAUAUUAUUGUUGUAUGACUGUUUGCAAACAAUGUAAUUGGAGUCUGCUGAAAAAACAAUAUACUUUUGGAAACAAAAAGUUAGUUAUACUGUUACUU